GUCUGGUCGGCCCUGUCAUCUAUUUUUAUCUGGAGCUGUGACGGCUUCAGCUGUGGAAAGGUCUCGCGGCGUGUUUUUCUCUUUUGUGUAGGAGCGCGUGCAGCUCGUCUCCUCCCGCGCGGGACCGAACUGAACAGGUAUGGGGGGGAAACUGCUCUAAGAAGUCAUGGAGGGGCUUUACUUUGAGACCAAGCCGAGGAGAGGUGAACGGCAGAGGCUGCAGAACUCUGACAAACCCGGUCUUGGUCUAAGCUCAAACCACCACUCCUGCCCAUCCUUCUCCCACCUUAGCUCCGCCUCUCAAAGAGACCAGAGGUUGGUGUCUCCCAGGGAGAGGAGUGCAUCCUUGAAGCCACGGGUCCGUGAGGUCACGGGACAUGAGAUAAACUACAGACUGACUCUGAUCGGUUCCCGGCCAGUCCACCACCUGACCACCAUGACCAUGCUGCCCUGGGUGGUGGCGGAAAUCUGCAGGUCUGCAGCUAGGAAUUCAGGUGCUGAAUCGCCUGAUCGUGAGAGUGGAGGCGGUCACUUGAAUCCUGCGACGUACAAUAAAGCAGUUUGGCUCUGUGUGUCACUGUCCUGGGUGCGGUGCGUGUCUGCUCAGGGACAGCGGCAUUUCUGGGACCCUCUGACGCACACCGUGCUGUUUGAAUGCCGACCUCACCAAGUGACCAAACUGAUGCACAACAGCCAGGAGCCCAGUAGUUUUGCCUGCUUGGUGAAAGACACUCCAGGCAGGCAACGCUGUGCUUGCUAUGUCUUCAGGUGCCAGGAAACCGCCAAGGUCCCAGAGAUCAUCGGUACGUUGAGGCACGCCAGCAAAAGCUCAGCACGCAGCAAUGACAUCACCCCUUUCCCCAGCCAGGCCUCAGUUAUUUCUGGAGCCAGUGACUCCUCUCUUUCCACUACAACAAACUCCUCCGCUUCUGCUUCUGCGGUGUCUCCAGCCAACUUUGCCAAAAAGUUUGAGGUACUCUUUUGCGGCCGAGUAAGCGUCGCUCACAAAAAGGCCCCACCUGCCCUUAUUGAUGAGUGCAUCGAGAAGUUCAGUCAGCUCCACAGCUUGGGCAAAGCGGAUAAAGGAAACGGUGGCGGGCUGGUGGAUGGGCUGAAGCGGGCCUUGAGCUUCCAAUCCAAUGGACUGGGAAGUGGGGCUGUGGGUAACGGUGCAGCUGGGAGCUCCGCUACCGGGACGCGUCCUGCUCUGUUCAAGAAAGAGCCCAGCUUUCCCAGCCUGCAUGGUCUGGAUGAGAAUGGUCUUUCCCCGGAGAUUUCUAAUGCCAACACUACAGACCAGCUUACUCUCUCCACCAAAGUCCAGCCCAGCAACCUGCAGGAGAACAGGACCAUGCUGUUCACGGUGGGCAGGUCCCAGAUCUACUUGGUCAGUCCAGACACUAAGAAAGUUGCCAUAGAGAAGAGUUUCCGUGAAAUUUCCUUCUGCUCACAGGGGAUUCAUCAUGUCGAUCACUUCGGGUUCAUUUGCAGGGAAACCGUAGAAGGUGGAAACUGUCACUUUGUAUGCUACGUUUUCCAGUGCACUGAUGAAUCACUGGUAGAUGAAAUCAUGCUGACGUUGAAGCAAGCGUUCUCCGUGGCAGCCCUGCAGCAAAAUGCAAAGACCCAAAGCCAGCAAUGUGACGUCUGCCCAAUGCAGCAGCUCCACAGGCUGUGUGAGAGGAUAGAAGGUCUUAACCCAUCUAAAACAAAGUUGGAGCUUCAGAGACACAUGGCCACUCUGGACAAUGAGGAACAAGCUCAGAUCUUUGAAAACACUAUGCGGGCUUGUCCUAAGAGCGAUCAAGAAGAGAACGAGCUGGUGAUGGUCUCCCUUAGGAAUCUCUACGAGGAAAAACAAAAAAUCCAUCAGCAUAUCAUUCCUGGAGAAGUCAAGCAGGCACCUGAAGAGGGAGCUCCAGCAGCCCAGGAGGCUCCGCAGCAAAGCAGCAGCCGGCAGCGACUUGAACAGUUCAAGUCUCGCGCCAAACGCUCUCUCACAGAGUCGCUGGAGGGCAUCUGGAAGGGAAGCAGCAAGGCCAAAUCUCAGAUGGACAACAGUGAGGAAAGUGAGAGCAGCUCUUCUGUUUGUACUGUAAACAGCAGCCAGGACCAGCCGUGCCUUGAUGAGUCCUUAUGUUCUCCCUCUGCUUUAAGACCCACCAGCCCCCUCAGAUCCCACAACUCCACGGGUGACCUGAAACGCCUGGAUGGUUCACCUACCCAGUUACCGCUCUCCUCUUCCCCCUGGAAUACUGAACAGCAGGGCUUCCGUAGGCGGGCAAGCACCUUCAGCCAUUCCCCCACCCCUUCAUCAGUCCACGAGGGCUCCCCGCUGCAGAAAGUAAUACACACAGGGCAGGACCUGGGUGCAACUACCAAACCCAAGCUCGUGCGACACUACUCUGUCAGCACCGACUCCCCUCACCAGAGCAAUGCUCGUUUCCCUCUCAUGCUCUCUGCACCGAUUCUCAGAAAUGUCCCAACCGACUCUACCCUUCCUCCUCUUCCUUCCUGCUCUCCAUCCCACUCUCCUCUCCUCCUUCAUCGUCAGUCCUCACCUUCUGCUGGAGCACGGUUCAAUAAAAGAAGCCCUCUGGGUGGUCUCCGUGCUCGUCUGCACUCCUCCUCCUCUGUUCCUAACUUUCUGAAAUUUCAAUUUCUGGCCCCCGUUCAAGAAAAUGAUUGUCCUGAACCAAAGAAAAGUGAUGUAGCAGCUCUCUCUGCACCGAGAGCCGCGUCUGUGGUCGGGGAAAGCCCUCUCCGCAGCCACCGCCACUCAUGGAGGCAACAGAUCUUCCUUCGGGUUUCUACCCCUCAGAAAGGCACAGACAGCAGUGAGCUGGUGGAUCCCUGCCUGGAGGGGAGUCGGUUGAGCGUGGGACAGAUGUGUGUAGGAAGUGGGGACUCGAUCAUGAAUGCGGUGCCGGAGGAGUCGGCUAAAAAGAGCAAAGAGGAGCUUAGGGAGCUGUGGAGGAAGGCCAUCCUGCAGCAGAUCCUGCUGCUGAGGAUGGAGAAGGAGAACCAGAAGCUGCAAGCAUCGGAGAAUAACCUGCAGAACAAACGUCUCAAGUUGGACUAUGAAGAAAUCACACCGUGUCUGAAGGAGGUCACUUUGGUGUGGGAGAAAAUGCUGGGAACUCCCGGAAGAGCAAAAGUCAAGUUUGACACCGAGACCAUACACGCUGCCGUUGCACAAGGUGUACCACGGCAGCAUCGAGGUGAAAUCUGGAAGUUCCUCUCCGAACAGUACCUGCUCAGACAGACGGUCCCAGCCCGGCCCCCAUCCAAUCCCACGCCAUACAAGGAGCUGCUGAAGCAGCUCACGUCACAGCAGCACGCCAUCCUCAUCGACCUGGGUCGCACUUUUCCCAGUCAUCCAUAUUUCCAAGCUCAGCUGGGUGCGGGACAGCUUUCUCUGUACAAUAUACUCAAAGCAUACUCAUUGCUUGACCCUGAGGUGGGCUACUGUCAGGGCCUGUCGUUUAUAGCUGGAGUUCUGCUUCUACACAUGGGGGAGGAGGAUGCCUUCAACAUGCUCAAAUUUCUGAUGUAUGACAUAGGGCUUCGUAAACAAUACAGGCCUGACAUGAUAAUCCUACAGAUUCAGAUGUACCAGCUGUCGCGGCUGCUUCACGACUACCACAGGGAUUUGCACGGCCACUUUGAGCAGCAGGAGAUCGGGCCCAGCUUGUACGCCACUCCUUGGUUCCUUACUUUAUUCGCCUCUCACUUCCCCCUCGGCUUUGUGGCUCGCGUCUUCGACAUGUUGUUCCUCCAGGGCCCAGAGGUCAUAUUCAAGGUGGCCUUGAGUCUGCUGGGAAGCCACAAGCCUCUGAUCCUGCAGCACGACAGUCUGGAGUCCAUAGUGGACUUCAUCAAAACCACACUGCCAAACCUGGGCCUGGUGCAGAUGGAGAAGACCAUCAACCAGGUCUGUGAGAUGGACGUUUCCAAGCAGCUGCAGGCGUAUGAGGUGGAGUAUCACGUACUGCAGGACGAACUGCAGGACACGCCCCCGACCCUCAACCAGCAACAGCGAGCUGCGCAGCUGGAGAGGACCAAUCAGAGUCUGCGCCAGCAGAACCUGGACCUGCUUGAGGAGCUGCAGGUGUGCCAUGCUCGAGUCUUCAACCUGGAGGGUCAAGUGGAGGUUUUGGCUCAGUCUGAGAGUCGGCUGAAGGAGCAGGUUUCUGCUCUGGAGGAGGAGAAGCAGCAGCUGGAGACCACCGUCACACAACUCCAGCGCCUCCUCACCAGCCUGGAAAUACACAGCACCAGCCUAGAUGGACUCACACUCCUGCCCCCUUCUGAGGCACAGUCGGCGUUAGAACUGAAAGCUACAGAGCAAGACAGCAGACCCUGAGCAUCCCGCUCUCCCUUAACAGUCUGAAACGGUGUGGCACGUGUGAAAGACGCCGGAGGAGAAGGACGCCAACUUUUCCCUCCUAAUAUUUUAAAUGAAAGAGAGAUGAGCUUUUGAGCUGUGAAGGUGUAGACAAAGAGGGAAAAAGUAGGGCUGACCCCAUAGGGUACAGCCUGACUUCUCCCAAUUAAGCGAAUGUAAAGGAAUGCUAAAGUCAACCAACAACCCCAAAGUUAGCACUGUGCUCGACUGCACCUGCAGGCUGCCGUCUUGGGACGAGGUCACGUGUUUUGUUCAACAAGGUUAAAACGUCCCAAAGAAUGUCCUCACGAACAAAGAGUCCGCGCCGCAGUAUUCUGAAAGAUGUCGAUCCUUUCUGUUACACAGCAGGAAACAAAUACAGCUCCAAAGAGAAAUCCAAAGUGCACAAGAUGAAGACAGAAAUGAAGGGAUGACCAUGAAAAAGUGUUGGUUUUUGGCAUUAGAUGAAUGACGCUGGGUCUUGGAUGGCGGUGCUCAUACUGAGAGGAGUUAGUUUUCAUUCUUCCCUGCAUGUCUGGUUUUGUUUCCACACUCUACGCAUCUUGAUUUCAUUUAGGACCAGCAGCUUAGAAGACGACUAACCCAAUAAAUCCAGUCCAUUUCACUGUUUUGUUUUUCGACUAUGUAUGCAUGUUGAUUCAUCUUUGGAGGUGGGAGAACGGUCGCUCCUUUUCCUCCUUAGAGAUUAGUCAAAUCCUUUAAGCUUUAAAGAGACUGUCGUGCUGUUGAGACAAUCUGAAAAUCAGUUACUGUAUUUAACACUGAAUUCCUUCAACCUGAGCUGCUGCGUUUGUAUGGAAACGUCUGAAUGUUACUGUUUGUGUUACUCUGCACUCCACCUGUAGUGACAAACCUAUAGGUUUACACUGUAAAAACAUUUUGGCUUUUACCCCUCGCCCAGACUCUCUUUGCACAUGUUUGUUUGUUUGUUUGUUUUAUUGAUUUGUUAUUGUUAGUCAGUUCUUUAAAUAUAUAGUUCAUAUUCUUUCAGCACA